AUGAUGGGAAGUGAUUUGGUAUCAAACAGCCCAUCUGCGCCAGUACAAACCUCCGUGCUGCUAGAAUACUGGUCGGCUGCGGCGUCCGACGUCGACAGCAUGCUGGGCGGCUAUGCCCACAUCUCGACUAUAGAGCUCCAGGGCUCCCGUGCGUUCCUUGCCAAGCUGGGAGUCGGGCUUCAGGCUGGCCGAAGGCGCGUGACCAAUGCCCUCGAGGGCGGUGCAGGCAUAGGAAGAGUCACAGAAGGGCUACUCCUGCCACUUGCUGAUCACGUCGAUGUGAUUGAGCCUGUCGCAAAGUUCACGACAGAGCUUGCAGCCAAGAAGGGGGUGCGCAACGUCUUCACUGUCGGCCUCGAACAGUGGCAGCCCGAAGAUGACGAGGUGUACGACCUCAUCUGGAUCCAGUGGUGUGUCGGGUACUUGGACGACGAGCAACUCGUCGCCUUCCUUGUCCGAUGCAAAGCGGUAUUGCAGGCCGACGUUGGCCACAUUGUGCUCAAGGAGAACAUCAGCACCAGCGACGAGGAUCUCUACGAUGCUGAGGACAGCAGCGUAAUGCGGACGGAUAGCAAGUUCCGGGACAUCUUUAAGCGGGCGGGCCUUCGGCUGGUCAAGACGGAGCUUCAGAAGGGUGUCGACAUGAAGGGCUACGCAAAGCUGUGCCCGAUCCGCAUGUACGCUCUGAAGCGGUGA